AUGUUACGAUUCGCUCUGUGUUUCCUUCUAUUGCUGGGCCUGGCUUCCGCUGGCCCGGCCUUAGUGAGAAGCAAGGAGGAAAUUGAAGAUUUCAUAAAGUAUUUGGACAGAAUUAAAAAGGGUAACAGCGAACAACCCAACAUACUAUCCCGAUCCGCAUUACCAGCCGUGGAGGACUCUGAAGAGCUUAGCGGUCGCUACCAGGGAGACAUCGUGCUGGAUGAUGAAGACUACGAGAGAAUGUUGACUGAAUAUACUAUGGGUCGCAAUGCGUACAGCACAUCCAGCAUAACAACCUGGCCAAAUAACGUUGUUGUAUAUGAAUUCGCAACCAAUGCCUUUAACAGACUACAACAGAAUGCAAUUUUGAGUGCCAUUGCAGAUAUUGAAGAACAUACAUGUGUCAGAUUUCGCACCCGUGAAAGUACUGAUGAUGCUUAUGUCAGGAUCACUGGUACUACCAACGGUUGCUACUCUCACGUGGGCUAUAGGAAAUCUAGAGGAGAACACACAAUGAAUUUAGGCCGCAACACCGUUGGCGUCGGGUGUUUCCGCCACGCCACGAUUGUGCAUGAAUUUAUGCACAUCCUUGGCUUUACACACAUGCACACUACUUCAGACAGGGAUAACUAUGUAGAUAUUAUUAAAGAAAACAUCAGAUCGGGUACCGAACACAACUUUGAUAUUUAUGAUGAAUCCACAUUACAUAACUAUGGGGUUCCGUAUGACUACGUAAGCUGUCUACACUACUCAUCUAAUUCUUAUACGAUUAACGGUGACCCAACAAUUGUUCCCAAGCAGAAAUUCGAGGGUGAAAUGGGACAACGUGAAUUUGUAACCGACCUCGACUGGCUUCGCAUCAAUCGACAUUACAAUUGUCCUGGUGCUUGGAACUGA